AUGACGCUGACCAAGCCGACGCUGGUGUGCACCGACGCGGCGGGGACCCGCUUCGCCGUCGUGUUCGACUCGCGCACCGGCGCACCCCCCGGCGUCGGGACCGCCGACGACGCCGACCCCGACGACGCCCUCGACCUCGCCCGCCUCGGCUACAAGAAGGGCGCGACCCUGGUCCUGCCCGGCGCCCGGCGGACCCGGCCCCGCGACAGCAGCGGCGGGAGCAGCGGGGCCGGCUUCGUGAGCCUCUCGCGCGCCGACGAGGCCGGCGUGCGCGUCGUCCCGGCCGGGUUGCGGGUCCUGACGCGCGUGGGCGCCUCGCUGCGGGCGAGGGAUGGGGAUGGGAACGAGGGCGGGGGCGGAGACGGUGCAGAGGUCGGGGGAGGAGGAGGAGGAGGAGGCAGGCGGCCCAGGGGGUGCGAGAGCUGCGGGAGGACGACGAGGAAGGGCGCGGAAGCGGAGGAAGGAAAGGCCGGGUUGAUGAGGUGUACUGGAUGCGGGGAGAUGGAGUAUUGUUCUAAGGAAUGCCAAAUUAAGGGAUGGAACGAGGACGGCCACAAGGGCGAGUGCAAGGUCAUCAAAGCUAUCCGUGCCGUUUGGCCAUGACGUGGAGCUCUUGCGAACGACAUCGGCUUCGGGACGGCGGAAGAUCGUCAUGUUCCCGCAUGGCUUCGCAUACACUCGAAAAGAGCUCCUCUAGAGAGAGAAACCAACUCGCCGUGACCCUUGAAAUGAAGAGCUUUCGUCUU